GAAUAUCCUCUAAAUUUCAUAAUAAUGGAUCGAAAGCAGUCAUCAAAAAGACAAUUAUCAUCAUCAUCAUUAUCAUCAGUAGCAGCAGCAGCAUUAAGACCAGGACCAUCAUCACAAAUUAAUUCAACUACUAGACGACAGAAAAGAUCACAAUAUUUUCCAUUAUCAAGGAUACGUUACUUUCUAGAGAAUUUUUCACAUUGUAAAACAAUUUCUGAACCAGCAUCAAUGGCCUGUGCUGUUAUCAUUGAAAUUGCUAUGAAUGAAUUAUUACAUAUAGCCACGGAAGUGGCACUUGAUGAAGGUCGUCAUAAAGUAAGUUGUCGUCAUAUUAUAUCAGCAUUACAUAAUUCAGAAUGGUUACAAGAACUUUUUGGUCAAAGUGGUAUGCUUCCACCAGCAGAAUUCAGUAGUAGUGAUAAUCAGCAACGAAUGCAACAACGUCGUUCACGUUCAUCUCGUAAUCUGUAUCGUAGUAAAAGUUCUCAUAGACGAUCCAAAUCAAAAAUGAAACGAUCAAAACUAAAUGUACGUUGAAAGAGACACAUAAAUACACACACACACACACACAAUGUGAAGAUGUUAUAGUUUUCCACAUUUCCAUAUGAAUGAAUAAAUUUUGUAUUUGAAAAAAACAAAUGAGAAAUUUCUCAAUUGCUCAGAGAUCAUCAUUAUGAUUAAAAUCUUGU